AUUGAAAGAGUACGGUAGGGGAGGAGUGGGCUAUUCAAGGCACUUGUCCUCUGUCUCUCUCUGUCACACAGCAGAGGGGGAUGCACACACACCUCACACACACACACACACACACACACACACACACACACACACGCGCGCUACAGUAGCUCGGACAGAGCCACAUUUUCUCAGGCUGCUCCACAGACUGACAGCAGAAAACGGAGGAGGAGAGCGAGAGAGAAGGAGAGAAGGAAACAAGGGAAAUGACCCGAUCCAGGAGAUUCAAACAGCAGAAACCCAUUCUGUCUUUGCUGUUCAUCAAUUUAAACACAAUAAUUAUACAACUCUUCAUUAAUCUGUAACUGAACUGGGACCUGUUCUGCUCUGCUGACAGACCUGCUCUGCUGACGAACCUGUUCUGCUCUGCUGAGGGACCUGCUCUACUGAAGAACCUGUUCUGCUCUGCUGAGGGACCUGCUCUGCUGAGGGACCUGCUCUGCUGAGGGAUCUGCUCUGCUCUGUUGAGGGACCUGCUCUGCUCUGCUGAGGGACUUGCUCUACUGAGGGCCCUGCUCUGCUGAGGGACCUGCUCUACUGAGGGACCUGCUCUACUGAGGGCCCUGCUCUGCUGAGGGACCUGCUCUGCUGAGGGACUUGCUCUACUGAGGGCCCUGCUCUACUGAGGGCCCUGCUCUGCUGAGGGACCUGCUCUGCUCUGCUGAGGGACUUGCUCUACUGAGGGCCCUGCGCUGCUGAGGGACCUGCUCUGCUCUGCUGAGGGACCUGCUCUGCUCUGUUGAGGGACCUGCUCUGCUGAGGGACCCGCUCAUUCUCCAGGACUAUGGCACCACAUGUGGUACAUGGAGUCUCUCUUUCACAGCCCUGGUGUCUUCCUCUCCUUUUGCUCCUUCUCUCCCUGUAUUCCCUGACGGCCGCAGGGUUCAACCUGGAUACUAGCAUGACUCUGAUCAAGGAGGGGGAGAAAGGGAGCUUUUUUGGAUUUUCUGUAGCACUUCACCAGCAACUCACCCCAGAACCACACAGUUGGAUACUGGUGGGGGCUCCCCGGGACAGAGGACUGGGCCUCAUGAGGAGACAGCGUACUGGCGCCCUGUACCGCUGUCCAAUCACAGGCGAGGAGUUUGACUGUGAGCGCGUGGACAUCGAUGGAGAUGUAAACCUCGACAGGGAGAGCAAGGACAACCAGUGGCUAGGAGUGACAGUCAAGAGCCAGGGGAUUGGAGGAAAGGUGGUGACCUGUGCCCACCUGUAUGAGCUGCGGCAGCGUGUGGGCCUGCCGUCUGAGACACGGGACCCUAUCGGGCGUUGCUAUGUCCUGAGUGAGGACCUGACAGAGAGGGACGACUUGGAUGGAGGAGAGUGGAAGUUCUGCGAGGGGCGACCCCAGGGACACGAACAGUUUGGCUUCUGUCAGCAGGGCCUGUCUGCCGCCUUCACACCAGACAAUAACUUCAUCAUGUUCGGCGCUCCAGGAACGUACAACUGGAAAGGAGAGAUGCGUGUCCAGCUGCUAAACCAGACACUGUUGGAUCUUGGUUUCUAUGACGACGGGCCUUAUGAGGUGGCGGAUGAGAAACAGCUGAAUGCUCAGCUGAUCCCCGUUCCCUACCAUAGUUACCUGGGUUUCUCGGUGGACUCUGCUAACGAUAUAACGAGCCAUGGGGAGCUGACCUUCGUGGCGGGGGCUCCGCGAGCCAAUCACACGGGAGCGGUGGUGCUACUGCGUAAAGACAACAUGUACCGCCUGGUGCCACAGCACAUCCUGUGGGGAGAGGAGCUGGGUUCUUCCUUCGGGUACUCUGUGGCCACGGCUGAUCUCAACAGUGAUGGCUGGACAGACCUGAUAGUGGGAGCUCCCAACUAUUUUGACAGGAAGACAGAGAUCGGAGGUGCUGUGUACAUUUUCCUCAACCGAUUCGGUAACUGGGAGUACGCUCAGCCAAUCAGGCUCAACGGAACUCAUGACUCCAUGUUUGGACUGACCGUCAACAAUGUGGGAGACCUGGACCGGGACGGAUAUGAUGACAUCGCUGUGGGGGCUCCGUUCGAUGGAGAUGGGAAAGUGUUCAUCUACCGAGGCUCGUCCUCGGGCAUCGACACCAAGCCUGCACAGAUCCUGGAAGGGGUGAAAGAGGGGGUGAAACGGUUUGGCUACUCCAUCUCAGGCGGCCUGGACAUCGAUGGGAACCUGUACCCUGACCUGGCAGUAGGCUCUCUCGGCGAUAAGAUGGUUCUGUACAGGUCUCGCCCGGUCAUUCACGUGACCCGGGAUGUAUCCAUCGAACCUCAGCACUAUAUUGACUUGGAGCAACACAACUGCAAGGGGAGAGAUGGAGUGUGUGUGGAGGUCAAAGUGUGCUUCACCUAUACUGCAUAUCCAGAGUCAUACUCACCAAACAUCACCCUGGUUCUACUCUUCGAGGCUGACACCGAGCGCAGGAAGCUGGGCCUGCCCCACCGUGUUAGCUUCCUGGGUCGGAGUGCACAGGAGGCGGAGUACACACACACUGAUGAGGUGGAGCUGAAGGGUCAACAUCAUCCCGCCUGCCGGAGCGCCACCUUCCAACUACACGAGAAUAUCCGUGACAAGCUGCGUCCCAUCGCCCUGGCCAUCACCCACACUAUCAGACCCCCCAUGUUGUCCUCAGACACUAACCCAGAGGAACAACUGCCUCCCGUACUGGGUGUUGCCACCUCCAACACCCUGCACUCUGAGGUGAAUUUCCUGAGGGAAGGCUGUGGUGAUGAUAAUAUCUGUCAGAGCAACCUGAAGUUGACCUACCAGUUUGGAACCCGACCUAUAACCUCUGACCUCUUCACCCCUCUGCCAAAAGAUGAUGAGGAGGUGUCCGUUUUCUCUCUGUCUGACCAGAGGUCCGUGGUGUUGGAGGUGACCGUCACCAACAUGCCCUCUGAACCUCUGUACCCUGAGAAGGACGGUGACGAUGCCCAUGCCGCCCAGGUACUGGUGACCCUGCCAGACACCCUGUCCUACUCUGGCUUCAGGGGACAACAGGUGGUGUGUCAGGCCAAUCAGAAUGGCUCUCAGGCAGAGUGUGAGCUGGGAAACCCCCUGAAGAGAGAUUCUAUCCUGAAGUUCUACAUCAUCCUCAGCACCUCUGCUAUCACCAUAGAGACCACGGAACUCACUGUCAACCUCCUGCUGGCUACUAUCAGUGAGCAGCCAGACCUGGCCCCAGUCACAGCCGUGGCUAAAGUCGUCAUAGAGCUCCCUCUGGCUGUCAGCGGGGUGGCCCGGCCACACCAGCUGUUCUUCAGUGGGGCUGUAAAGGGGGAGAGCGCUAUGGAGACUCUGGACGACGUGGGCAGCGCUCUGGAGUUUGAGUUUACGGUGACCAACACUGGGCCGUCCCUGCAGACUCUAGGCUCUGCCUUCCUCAACAUAAUGUGGCCUCAUGAGCUGUCCAAUGGGAAAUGGCUCCUGUACCCCACCGCGUUUCACUUCAAGGGCCAUCCAGAAACCCACUGUAGACCCCACACCUCCCUCAACCCACGGAAGUUCUCCCACAGCUCUCCUUCUGAAGACCAGCCACAGGCUACAUUCAGGAGGAAGGGGCGAUCCCACCCGGAAGAGGAGGGGCAUGUGAUGACCAAGGGCAGUCUGGGUAGGACCACGCCCGCUGUGGCUGCCUCCGAGAGACGGAAGUCACUCAAACUGGACUGUCUGCUGGGUUCAGCGCGUUGCAUGCUGUUCCAGUGUCCUCUCCUCAGCUUCUCUGGCUCUGCUGUCCUCAAGAUCCAGGGACGUUUGUGGAACAGCACCUUCCUGGAGUGUGGGUUCUUCAAGCGUACAGAGCGCCACCCCCAGUACGAGACAGAAUACUACCACGCCCACAUGCACAUUCAGCCCUCUGAGGUGGAGAAGCAGUGUGGUUUCUUCCUUCGGGUCCAGUAUGAAGACCAAGUGCCUCAGUACCAUGCGGUGAAGAUUCCCCAUCAGGACCUUCCCCAGUUCCAUGAGAGCCAGAAGACAGGGGUCCUCCACAAGAAAGAGUGGACUACACACUGGAGUGACGGAACCUCCUGA